GAGAGUGUUGUCGUUGUCGUCACCAGAUUAUAUGUCUUUCUUCACAAAAAACAAGAACUACUUUACAAGCUCCUACUCAAACUAUGGAUGGAGGUCACUAAUAAUCCGUCAAGAAGAUUGUUCUUGUUUGGUGUAUUUAGUGUUCUCUUAUGUCUAAUUGGAAUACAGUUCAUGGUGAAUCAAGAUUAUCAAAUUGCGGUCGUGUGCAUGAUUACAAAAGCAAAUUCCUAUCUUAAGCGUAUAUAUGGUUAUUAUUGGUUCCAAAUUGAUAAUGAUGGGGAUGGCAAUAAUGCGGGUGCUAACGAAAGCAAUGGCAGUGUUGUCUCCAACAACGAUAAUGGUCACGUGGGCACUAAUGAACCGGUUGUACAAGUUGUCGAUGUGCAAAGCGAAGACGUUGAAACAUGGAUCCAAAUAAACAAAGUCAAUUUCAUCGCGGGGAUCAGCAUUCUGCUUUAUAUUGCAAUUAGAAAACUACCAACAACAAGAAGCAGGAUUGUCAUGGUUGUUCGAACUAAACUACAAUUGGUAUUAUGGACGACGAUUCACGUGACUACUCGAGUCCAAACAGAGCUACUUAGAAUAUGGUUAGCCAUCAAACUUGUAAAGGUCCUAAAUGUCUGCAAGGUUCUUGUGCAAGCUGCCACGAAACUUCUCCACUGGUUCAGGGACUUCGUUUCAAAAGAAGAGAUAUUGAAAAGCAUCGUGUAUGGAGGUUUAACGGAGAUCAUAGCAAGUAUAUCUGUCGUAGCAUUUUUUUCUGAUUUUGAUACCACCAUAUUGAAUGUCAUAGCUUUUGCACUAGCAGGGCUAAUCGGCGGGUGCUUUUUCUUUGUAACCAAUAUUUGGGGACUUAAGAAAGGAGGUGGUAAUGCAUAUACAGAGCAGCUUGGACGAGUAAAUUAUUUCCCAUUUCAUGCCACUUUGGCUACGCUAUCUUUCAUAAUAUUUGGAAUGAUUCCGCCAUCCACAUUCGUGUUUUCAUUUAUCAAGACCAAUGACAAGAAACUCGCGAUUUGGGUAGUUUCAGCGGUUUCACUCUUAUGUCUCUCCUUGCUUGCGAUAUUCAAGGCCUACGUCAUCACAAGCAUCACAUAUCGAUUUAAGUAUGUUAGAACCGUGCUUUGGUAUCAAGUUAUUGCGUUGGGUGUCUCGAUUUGUUCUUACCUGGCUUCAAAGAUGGUUAAAGGGUCGAUUGAGGACAUCGGGCUGUUUAACACAAGUACAUGUGAUGCUAUGUCUAUGUCCCGUCAUAAUUAACUUAUUUUCUCAUAUCCAAGGCUUCACGACGUCGUAUUUGGGUAAGUUUUAGUUAAUUUGUCCUGCCAUCACAAGUAUUAUUAUUGGUGUAUACUUUUUUAACUCUAUUUAUUUACUUGUCCUUUUUAUGUGCGUUUAUACAAAUGUAAUAUUCAUUGCAAA